AUGGACAGGUCGCGGCUGGUGUUCGUGUACGGGACCCUCAAGCGGGGCCACCACAACCACCACCACAUGACCCAUCCUCCUGGACGAACGAGGGAGGAAAUGCGUCUCGUCGUGGCACCGCCCUUCCGUUCGGUGUUCUUGUUGCCUCGCUCGCUCACGACGUCAGCCCUCCUCGCCGGCGCCUCCUCCGCGCCUGCUCCCACAUUGCCUCAAUUCCCCACGCACCACCGUAUCACAGGAGAGGUGUGGGCCGUCGAUGAAGAGAUGCUGGCGAAGCUGGACGGCUUUGAGGGCUGUCCCAUCUACUACGAGCGCCUUGCCACGGAGGUCGAACGGUUGGAGGAGCCCGGAGCCAAGGCCACGGGGGAGUACAUUGAAUGCUUCGCCUACUUCAAGAAGACCAUCGAUCCCUCCUUCCACGAGCUCGUCGCCAUCCCUGAGUACCAUCCAGCUGAGGCCUGCUUCAUCAUCCAGACCCGCUCUACAGAAGAGGCCAGCUGA